AUGGUUCACGCUCAGAAGGAGGCGGGCAAGGGACGGACGGGGUGCAAGGGUCGCCGGAGGGCCGAGAGGGCUUGUUUCUUGCCCAGCCUGCUUGUCUCUGAUCCUUGUUGUCAAGUGGGCGCCGAUCUCUGUGCAUUUCUGCGCGGUAACCGUCCGCCGCUUGGCGCUGUUCGCAUUUGGCAAUUGUGUGGGUGGCGGCAGAACCUCAAGGCUGAGCUGAUUGACUCGAUAUGGCUUGCCCCCUGGUUGCAUUUAAGACAAGGGGAGCUGGCAUUCAUGCACGAUGGUUGCGUGUUUUUGGUAACCAAUUCAGUCCAAUACUCCUUCUUGUUGGAGAGCAACAUUUGGCUUGGUUCCUUGCUCUCAUCCUGA